AUGGAGCUUUUGUCCCUUCUUUGCUUAAUGAGAUACCGUGAACAACGUUCAACCUCACGGGGGGAUGACGUAUACUGGAUUUUCGAAGGUACAGAAGAUGGCAAAAUCAAGGAUAAGUUUCUCACAGUAUUGAAUGACGUAUACUUGAGUUACGAAGGUACAGAAGAUUGCAGAAUCCUGCAUAAGCUUCGCACAGCAUUGACAGAUGUAGCAGGCCUCAAUGUCGUCGGAGGAUACCGUGGCGGUUGGGAGAAAGAGUUCAUCAAGCGGUCGAGGAUCUUGAUGCCCAUCCUCUCUGCAAAUUAUGCUUCCAGUGAAAGUUGCCUCGAGGAACUGGCACAAAUGUGGGAGUGCAGAGAAUUAAAUGGACAAAAUAUUAUCCCGAUUUUCUUUUGUAUUACUGGCUCCGAUGUACAAUACAUGGCUGGGGAUUUUGGUAGGGCCUACAGUCCACAAGUCGACUCAGAAACCAUCAAAAGGUGGAAAGAGGCACUUCGAGAGAUCGGGGGAUUACGCGGAUAUACUGCCAACCUUAAUAAGCGGUACCAGGCCCGGCUCGCAGAAGAAGUUUCUUUUAGUGUUGCGCGGAAAUUGAGGGAUGAUGGCCUAGUGUUAACCGACGAACUAGUUGCAAUUGAUGAUCAUGUUCAAAAGAUGAUGAGAAAGCUUGGUGUUGCCUACAGCGAGGGACAAGCGACUGAAGUACAUGGAGAAGACGUUCGCGUGGUUGGAAUAUGCGGUAAGUCGGGUGUUGGAAAGACUACACUUGCAAAGGUCGUCUUUAAGAAGAUGCAUAAGUUGUUUGAAGCAUAUAGCUUCCUUGAAGUUGGUAGAUUGAAAAAAUUCCGGUUCUUACAACAAAUGUUGAUUGCUGACCUUCAAAAACGAGAACGCGUACCCCUUAAAUCUAUCAAAGAAGGGACUGAGAAAAUAGCACGUCUAUUUACACAUAAAAAGGUUCUCAUUGUGCUCGACCACGUGGAAGAGGAUAAACAAAUUGAAGCAUUAGCUGGGAAGCUUACUUGGUUUGGACCCGGAAGUAGAAUCAUCGUGACGACGAGCAAAAAGGAGGUUUUAAGUGCUUUCGAUGUUGGAGCAGAUGACCCUGGAACAGUUGAAGCACACGAGGUUGAACCACUGAGUGAUGACCAUGCUCUACAACUCUUUCGUAUUCGUGCUUUUCAAGGGGAUGCUCCUGAAGAUGGCUCUGAGUAUGAUUCCUUGUCCAGAGACUUUGUCAAAGCUAUUGGAGGGAUUCCUUCGGAUAUUGUGCGUCUUGCUUCAUAUUUACGCAACAAUAUGGAUAUGCAUAUAUGGAAAAGUACCUUGGAAUCAUUGCAAAAACACCCAGAGGAUAUGGAAGCUGCCUAUUGGUCACUUAUGCACGGGGGGGAGGAGAAUUUCCGGUUCAUGAGGCGUUUUACGGAAUUUUAG